AACGAACAGUCGGGGCAGCUAGGAAAAGAGCGCAGUGAGCGCAGAAAACAAUUAGCACUUGCGUUCCAUGCUGCUCUCAUGAAGCUGGGUGCCAAGAAGUUACCGUCUCCCUCGUCAUUUUUUGCCGAACCCGUUGAGAAGAAUGGCAUUGGGAACAAUGGUUUUGUCAAGGAUAGAACAGCGGAUACUCCAGACACUCCCGGAAAGCAUAAGAAAGAAAUGUCGAUUAGUGUUUGUAAGGAGUGUGGAAAGACGUUGCUGUGUCAAGAUUCUAUCUUUGAUUCUGUCAUUAUUCUUGUAUUCGUCAGGAAGAGAAUCGUGCCUAUCGAGCAGCAAUUUUAG